UCUAUAGGUGUUGGAAUGGAUUCGGAACAGUUCGCAGUUAAAGUUUACACUUCGUUCAAUCAACAUCGGGCGAAUCACCAUUUCUGAUAGUUUGGAUCCGGUACACCGUCGCGAUGUCGUCAGAAGGAAGUGAUGCGUAUUUAAACGAUAUGCUGGACAUGUCUGACAAUGAAACAGUGAAAUUAAAGAAUGAGAAAAGUGAGAUCGCCGAAUUUUUUGCUGGCACUAAUGUUUUGGUAACAGGAGGAACAGGUUUUCUGGGCAAGUUACUCGUCGAAAAAUUACUGAGAUCUUGCCCGGAUAUCGCGGUAUUGUACACGAUAGUCAGACCGAAAAAGGGGAAAAGUUCAGAGGAAAGAUUUAAAGAAAAUUUCGCCGAAAAUGUAUACGAUAAAUUGAAGAGUGAACAACCGAACUUCCUCGAUAAAGUGGUCAUGUUAGAGGGAGAUGCUGCCCAAGAAGAUUUCGGUUUAUCAAAGGAGAGCAAAGAAAUACUGAUGAAUACCAAUAUUAUUUUUCACGCAGCUGCAACCGUUCGGUUUGACGAAAAAUUUCGCAUGGCGAUGAAUAUCAAUGUGAAAAGUACGAAAUAUAUGUUACAGUUUGCAAAACAAUUGUCAAACCUGAAGGCAUUUGUACAUAUAUCGACCGCAUUCUCACAUUGUAUAUCUAAAUCCAUUGAUGAAGUAUAUUACGAUGUUCCUAUCGACGGUGACAAGCUACUAAAAUUGUUGGACAUUCUCAACGAUGACAUACUUCAGCAAAUCACUCCCAUAUUACUCGAUAAAUGGCCCAAUACGUACGUCUUUAGUAAAGCAAUUGGGGAAAAUAUGGUACUAAAGUACAGCAACGAUCUUCCAGUAUGUAUCGUUCGACCUUCGAUCGUGAUAUCGACAGAUAAAGAACCACUUCAUGGUUGGACAAAUAAUUUGUAUGGAGCGACAGGUGUAGUAAUGGCAGCUGGCGUAGGUUUGAUGCGUACAUUACAUUGUAAACCAGAAAAAAUAGCAGACGUUAUACCAGCAGACUAUGUAGUUGCUAAUAUCAUUUCUUCUGCUUGGGAUGUUGCCAAUAGAAGAUCAUUGGCGAAGUCAAAUCAAGACUCGACUAUGCCUGACGAGGAAAGAACACCUAUUUAUAAUUCUGUAUCCUCGUGUCAAAAACCACUUUCUUGGGGUGACUUUAUGUACCUAAAUGAAGCCUGUUGCAAGGAACAAAGUACUACGAAAGCUAUAUGGCAUUACAUGCUUGUACUCAACAGAUGUGUCUAUGCACAUCAUAUAUAUUCUUUCGUUCUUCACAUAAUACCAGCAGUUAUUGUCGAUACGUUUGCACGCGCCACUGGUCGAAAACCCAUGUGUAUGGACACGUAUAGAAAAAUACAUAAAUUUAGCAAAGUGAUAUCGUACUUCUCGUCGCAGGAAUGGUAUUUUAGGAACGAUAACGUUAUGAAACUAUGGCAAAAAUUGAAUUCCGUCGACCGAAAAAUCUUCAAUUUUAACGUAACAAACCUAGACUGGGAAGAAUACUGUUAUCGUCAUAUAAGAGGUAUACGUAUCUACAUGUUCAAGGAGUCACCUGACAGUUUACAAGAAGGAGUCUACAAGUUUAGGAGGUUGCGAAUAGCACAUUACACGCUACUGACGAUAAUUUCAUUGUUAGUUCUAUGGUUGGUUGUAUGGAUCGUAUCUUUCCUUUAGUCUUUCUGUCCUUUAUCAGGUUAACAGCUGAUAGUAAUUGCGAUAUAGUUCUCUACGUUAAUGAUAAAUUAUUUUAACGCAAUCUUAUUU